AAUGCAGCAGAUUCAGAAUUCACAGUACCCUACCUGCCAGAAAAAUAGAGCACUCAAGAGCAGCACCAGGCAACUGCACUUGCAUAACAGCCACACGGUCGUGGCCGGAGGAAUGGGGGGGGUAGCCAGCUAGUUAGAUUUCUGAGAAUAAGGAAACGCUCACUACAAUCAAUUAAGAUGGUGUCGUGGAUUAUCUCCAGGAUGGUAGUCCUGGCCUUCGGGACCCUCUACCCGGCAUACUCCUCAUACAAGGCCGUCAAGACUAAGAAUGUGAAGGAAUAUGUGAAAUGGAUGAUGUACUGGAUAGUGUUUGCGUUAUUCACCACGGCGGAGACCCUCACAGACCUGUUCAUGUCCUGGUUUCCUUUCUACUUUGAGUUGAAGAUAGCCUUUGUGAUCUGGCUCCUGUCUCCGUACACUAAGGGCUCCAGCGUGCUCUACCGCAAGUUUGUCCACCCCACCUUGUCCAACAAGGAGAAGGAAAUAGACGAAUACAUAACCCAGGCCAAAGACCGUAGUUAUGAGACUAUGAUGAGAUUUGGGAAGAGAGGGCUGAACUUGGCUGCUACCGCUGCAGUCACUGCAGCUAGCAAGGGCCAGGGCGUGCUGUCGGAGAAGCUGCGUAGUUUCAGCAUGCAGGACCUGACUCUGAUCAACGAUGGGGAGGAGCUGGGCCUGCGUUCCUCUGAGCCCCGCAUGAGGAGAGACGCCAUGGACGACAUGGCUACUGGAAGCAGCACGCUAUCUAACACCCUGCCCCGCGCCAAAGCCACACGCCAGACUCGUUCCUCCAUGGUCCCUCAUCUUGACGAAUCAUCGCAGCACAGCUCGGACCAAUCAGACACCAGGAGCAUCACCACGGAGCAUUCCGACGAGGACGUCGUGGAGAAGGCCCCCGUGAAACGCACGGCUAGCGUCAAGGCAACCAAAAAACCUGCCGCUGCCAAGACAGAGACUACGACUAAGACGGUGAAAAAGACACCAAAGAAGAAGACUACCACUACAGCUAUAGCCAGCAACAACGGCGACUCCCAAUGAUACCUGUAUCUGCUGUCCCUAUCUACACCAUACUUUACACCACUACACACACACACACUCAGACAGCCAAGGACCUCUGGACAGUCACUAUAUAUAUAUAUGGCCAGCUUCAUGUCAACUCACCGGUUUAGUUCUAAUAUAUGGCCAGCUUCAUGUCAACAGCACUGUUCUUUUUAUUUAGACCGCUGCUUACAUUUGAGGUUGUAUAGUCAUUGCCAUCAGUGUAAGUGCAUGUUUUGUUUGAGAUAAUGGCAGUGAUAGCCUGUUAUCUGAAAUGAAAAUGUGUUGCUUCCUUCCUCCUGUACUGUUUAUAGCCUUCUCUGUGAGUCCAUCCAAGGCCUCACACUGGAUUGACUUGAUUUAAUCCUCUCGGCCCCCUUGGGAGCAUAGGGUGUCCACCAUGGCUCUUCACCUCACUCACUGUGCAAGGGCUUUUGCGUCUUGCCAGGAGAUUCCUGCUGGAUUAUUGGAGAUGCAUUAUUUCUCAGGAUCAGCUUACCCUGCCUGAGUCCUUAUGUUCUCCAUAGUGAAGGGAAAUGCUAAACUGGCCUUAGAUCAGUGUGUUAAGGGCAGCAUUCCAAUCAGUAUGUUAUCUACUCUCUAUUGGAGGGUAGCUUGAGGCUUCCAUUCAUGGGAAGGUACUCUAGUGGACUUGGCAUGUCUGAAGGAGAGAGCAGGGAAGAGCGGAGAGAGGGGGAUGGGUGCAAAAUGAGAGUUGUGGGCCGGACAGACUAGCUCUGCUCAACAUGUCCCUACUACAUAGACCACAGUCUCACCACUGGCUGUAGAAAUCUAUAGGGCCAGGUCCCUGUCCCCAUUGGGAAGUCUGUCUGUACAUGGCUGUGGUUGUGUCAUCUUUGGAACGCAGAGGACAUUCUGGGAGCACUUAGGUCUCUAACUGUGUUAAGCCCAUGCCAUGGUUUCUCAUAUCAUUCACUCUGUUGUGGAGCAGUAGGACCUAUCGAGACUAAACACUUGGUCACGCACCGAAAGAGCGAUGAACAGAUCGGUUUGUUCCCCCUCUCUGUUCCUCUCCCUCUGGACAACUCUCCUCACUCUGUUCAGAACAGUCCUGCAGAAAGACCCACAGAUUCAGGCGUCAUUACCUUUUUCUGUUUGUAUGUUUUGUGUGCGUGUGACACAGUAUGUGUGUGUGUGUGUGUAUUUUUGGAACAUGACCACACUUCUGUUUUCCCUCUCCUCUGUUGACCGAACUGCAUAGAGCCAGAAUGACAGCGUUCUAUGACCACUUAGAAUCACUUGCAUUUUAUUUGAUCAUUUUAAAACUCAAUACAACCACACGUGGAUAAUGCAUUUAAAAUCCUUUAGGAUGACACAGUUAAUGGUCCUAUUAAAUUACUCAAUGUAUCAACAAUACAUAGUAGGCCUAUGCUACACAGUAGACCUAGCCUACUAGGCAUGUUUGGGUUAAAGAUAAUGAAUACAUUUUUUAACUUGUAUAGCGCUUUUCAAAGAAUCUCAAAGCGCAUAAAAAGUAAAACAUUCAGAUGAUGGAGAUUGAAAGUCUGUCGGUUUGGGAUUAAGUUGAGGCAAUUUGUGCUGGAAAGGCAUUGUAGGUUCAGAGGAGAGGGCACUGACGGGACAGCCAAGUAGAAACAAAGACAGUCUGGAAAAACAGCCCUUUUCUGAAUGGUCAGUCACCCACCUGGGUAAUGCCACGGCUGCUGAAAAGCCACCACAUCUUGGCAGUGGUUAGGAGCAUUCCCUUAACAGUCCCUGACCUUCCUCUGCUACCUCUGGCCACAGUAUGCAGUCCUUGGUGUAAUACUUCCAAACAGAUUAAACAAAAAAACAGAUUAUUUGAAUCCAGACAAACGGAUAGCUAUCAAGCCAAAAUAUAGAAUUUUAAUCACAAUCCUGCAACUCUGAGAGUCAAGACCACAUAAAUAAUGUACAAUAUUUACAGAGCUCUCUGCCUAGGCUGUUACGAUGCCAUGGCAACCACGGAACCAAUAAGCAUAGUAUUAUAACCAUCAAUAACCAUUAUAACCAUCAAGGUCUUACACUGCAGCGCUUAGCCUAGCUAUACUGUGCUCUUCUGUGUCUGACAACCAAACAUUUUAAUUGAAUUGUGUUAGGCUUGUGUUUAGGAUUAUUUUAGUUUACUCUAAAUUGGCAGACACAGGACGUGUUGACAUUAGAGCUAGCGGUGUCAGGGUGGUGUAGUACUCCAUUAGGAAGACCUUCAGGCUCUUACCUGGGUGAGAUCACCACAGUCUGACUAGUCAAAUAUCUGAGGGAUCAACUACUAUAGUCAUAUAUUCUGUCACUAAGCAUUGACAACUAUUGUAUAAUAUAUGACUUAUGUCACACACUACAGCGUUUUGACAUAUUCCCGAUUUUAGGUUAGCUAUCCAUGACUAUCUCUACUUCCGGGCCUGUAUCUACAAAGCGUCUCAAGCGUAGGAGUGCUGAUCUAGGAUCAGGACCCUACCUGUCCGCAUAAUCUUAUCAAUUAAUCAAAUCUGAAAGAUCAGCACUCCUACACAGACGAUUUUAAGGACACUGGGCCCAGAUGUCUGUUAAUCUAGUGUCUCGAUAAUAUCCUUGUUUCUCUGAACCAUUAGGAGUGCAGUUAAACUAGCAUGUCUGACGUUAGCCAUCUCAAACAUGGUGGAAACUGGCUUACCCUGUUAGGAUACUGUGGAUACGUUUACAUCUAUCUAUCUUCCAAUAGUGUCUAAAGGUGUUAAAACAUGUGCCCUGCUAGUGUUUUACUUUAAAAAAUACAUCCACAGCAUACUGGUAGGGUUUUUGGACAAAUCUCCUUUAGGGAAUCUAAUCAAUGCCCCUUAAACUAUUGCUUUGUCUGAAAUCUAACCCUAACCUUGUCCCUACCCUCAGACACCUCUUGUCAAUAUCCCCUAGAUACUGUGGUAGAGUGCAAAGGAUUGCAUGGGAUUAGCUAAAAACAAUGUGGUAAGAGCUCCACCUAGCUUCCUUGUAGGUUAUGUUGAGUAUCCACCAUGUUGAGCUUUGUCUUACACCCUUCUGAUCCUCUCAUAUCUAGGAGUGUUGGGUUAAUUGGAACCUAAGGGGUAGAUCUUUUUUUAUGGGUUCCUUUUUUGCUUUGGGCAGGUUUUAUUUGGCGUUCUCUUUAAUCAGUGUAGGUUGAAAGCAUGAGGCUACUUACUGCGCUUGUGUGUUGCUGCUGUCUGCAGUGUGACACUGAUUUGAACCAGUAGGGGGAGACAUACUCCAACUGUUUGAGCUACUGAAGUGUUUGAAGUUACUUACAACAUGUACACACUUUAUGUAAAAGUAAUUCUCUGAUUUGUAUAAAAGAGCUUGCUUGCCUUAUAUCACUCUUCUUGAAUACAUAGUUUUUGCUUUUGUAAAACUUUAUUUGGGUUUUAAAAUUAAAUCAUAUUGGAUUUCCUUAAGAGGCACCUCAACCCCUCUAAAAGUCUUAUGCUGUGAAGAGUGCUACUUGUGGUUUUAAUCUCGUCUCGAUUUUUCUCUAUCUCAAGAAGAGGCAUUUUAAUUGGUUAGUGAACGACCAAUAACAGUUGAUUUCCUUGUCCCAAUCCUGUAGGAAUUUGCUCAGAGAAUGGGAAUUCCACAGUCUGGUAUUUUGAAAAUGGUGUGUUUGGUAACGGCCAAACUGAAGCCAUGUAGCCCCAACCUUUCUUUUACACUGUCUGCUCCCCCCUCUCUAUCAGGCUGGUUGCAUAUUCCACGAAGAAGGCAAUUCGAUUGUGUACUUUUUCUGUUUUAAUUUUCUACUGUUUGCACUGAAGAAAAGAUGGCACACCCUUUUGAACGCUUUCUAGUUGUCAUAACAACAUUACUUGACAUUUUAAUGAGUUCAUUUCCAUUUUUUGAUAUUUAUUUAUUGUUUUUAUUUUUGUGUGUGGAAUCAGUAUUGUGUACAGGAACGCUCAUUGUGAGAAUAUUCUGGAUAUUAAUAUUGUUUGUGCCAACUAUCAAUACUCCACUGUAAUUAAGGAUGACAGUCAUGUACCAAUAACUGCUACUAAUAAAGAAAAAAUAUUACA